AUGGGUGCUCCUCUUGGCAUGAUCAUCUAUGCCUCGGUAAAGCCCAUCUUCAAGAUCUACUUCAUCAUCGCCAUAGGAUUCUACCUAGCUCGACGGAAUAUCCUCACAGUGACGACAUGCCGUGAUAUCUCGGACGCUAUUGUCACGGCCAUCAUGCCUUGUUUGAUUUUCAACAAUGUGAUUACGAAUCUCAAAUACUCGGACAUCAAGAACAUUGGUAUCAUCUUCUUUGAAGGUACCAUCUUGUUCUCUGUGGGAGCCUUGCUGUCGCUAGCGAUUUAUUACACAUGCAAGUCGCCCAAACGCUGGUUUGGCGGUUUGAUUUCUGUGGGGUUGUUCCCCAAUAUCUCGGAUCUCCCCAUCGCAUAUCUACAAACCCUUUCCAAAACAGGGUCGCUUUUUACAGCGGAAGAAGGUGACAAGGGCGUGGCAUACGUCUGUAUUUUCCUUGCCUCCCAGGUGUUCUACCAGUUCUCGCUAGGCUUGUUCCGCUUGGUCAGGUACGACUUUAGAGACGAGCUAGACAAACCCCAAGACGAAGAAGAGGAGAUCGACACCAGCCAACUACAUUCAGUGGCUUCCACGCCGCACGCUAAGGAGCAGCAUUCUGGAAGUGCUGGAAGCGAUAGCACCUAUAGUUCUGAGGACAAGCGUCCUGACAUUUCAAGAGAUCCGCUGGAAUACCGCCAGCACAAUGAGUUCCUCAUGCAACGAGACGCUGAGGGCCACUCAGCAGUUUCCCAGGAUUAUGAAUCCAUGGAUUCGUCAAUGAGACAGCGCCGGGGCACCAACACCUCCGGCACCACUAAUUACUACUCUUUGCAUCAGACACCUUCUCGUUCAGCGGACUUGAGAAGAGCCAAGUCACAGGACGUUGAAGACGUUAUUCACGAAUACAGUGAGUUUGACAGGCUCAAAAGCAACGAGGCGAGAAGCCAGCAUUCGGCCACUAGCGACGUUGGUAUAGAUGUGGCUCCGCUAGAAAGAAAUGAAAAGGCUGAUGACGAAACGAAACCAGUCUCGCGUAGAAGACGCUAUUGGAAGUACUUCCUCAAUACGAUCGUCAACUUCAAGGCGCCAAAUUCGGUUUCGUUGAUUGUGUCGCUCAUCAUUGCAUUGUCUCCACCGCUCAAGGCGCUUUUCGUCAAGAGUAGCUUUUACAUGCCUCAUGCACCAGACGAGAUGCCGCCAUUAUCGUUCUUCAUGGACCUUGCCAGUUAUGUCGGUGCAGCAUCUGUGCCCCUUGGUCUUCUUCUUCUAGGGGCCACAAUUGCUCGACUCAAGGUGAACCAGAUUGUGCCUGGUUUCUGGAAAACCGCUCUCAUGGUGACCGCCGCCAGAUUGAUUAUCAUACCCAUUUUCGGCGUGGGCUUCACUACUGGUCUCUACAAGGCUGGCUGGUUUGAAGAAGACAAGCUUGUAAGAUUUGUGUCGGUUUUGGAAUUUGGCUUGCCCAAUGCCACUGCCUUGGUCUACUUUACUGCGUUCUACACUGAUCCAAACUCGCCAGAGCACCUCCAGAUGGACUGCUUGGCCAUUUGCCUCAUUGCGCAAUACUCAAUUCUCUUUAUCACAUUGCCCUUUUUGGUGACGUUUACCCUUAAGGUGUCGCUAGGCUACUAA